AUGACUGCUCGCGCAACAGGCCAGCGCUUUCGCCAGCGCAAGCUCUCUACAAAACAGAAUCUACCCGUUGUACGCGAAAACGAGGUUGAACAGCUUGCCGAUGACGAUGCCUCCCGCCACAUCCCCAAGGUCGAGACGGGUGUUGAGAAGGGCGAGGAGAUUGAACACCAUUUGCAGGCCGUCAUCUCUGCCGCCCAGGCAGCAGCACAAGGAGCAGCUGGUGGGAAGAUUGCUCAGCUCUACAUCCCAACCCCAGAUGCCGUCGCUAGUAAUCUGCAGUAUGAAGAUCUGUAUCCAAAGCGCUUCACGCAACCUGCCACUUACAUCCGUUUCUCAUCUACUGUUGAGGAUACGUCUGGCUGCCCAUACUGCAUGACCAGUGAUGAUGUAGCCUUUCUCAAGUCUUACAACCAGAAAAGGAGUAAGAACGACCAAUGUUCAGAAGACGAGUUCGAGGAGAUUAUCUACUUCUUCGAGGAAACUACCUCGACGAAGCAGCCUUUCGCCGCUGUCGAUAACCCACCUGUGCUUGCUUAUGAAGAGCUCGAAGCCGAGUUCGAUGAGACCAUCAGUGAAUCUGCACGGCGGUUUGCAAAGGAUGUUUACGAGCACUGGAGGAACCAACGGCUGCUAAGAGGCAACCGCCCGCUGAUGCCUUCGUUGAAGUUUGAGACCAAUCUCGAGACCGAUGACGCUGAUCCAUACGUGUGCUUCCGACGUCGCGAGGUGCGACAGGUCCGCAAGACGCGUGGCCGUGAUGCUCAAGUGACAGAGAAACUGAAGAAGCUAAGGAAGGAAUUGGAAGAGGCUCGCCUACUGAUGUCGCAAGUCAAACGACGAGAAGCGAUGAUCAGAGAGCAACUUGCAACUGACAAACUGAUCUUCGAACAGCGCCACGCCGUCAAGGAACUCAAGCGUAGACUCAGCAUCAAGGGUGAUGACGACGACUUGCUUAUUACGCAGAAGCCCGCACCCAAGCCCAAGAGAACUGUUGAUGUCGAGCGGCAACGCCAGACGUUGCCAGGCAUGAAGCCUCCAAACACACGCCCCGAUGGGCGCCUUGUGGAUGGCGACAUUGUCUACCUCGAGGAGCAACAAGCCAAGCGCACCGAGGCAAUCGACAGUUUCAUCGAAGACAAUCUGGUCAAGCACCAGAAAUGGAACGUUGGUUGGGUCGAUGCAACAUGGCGACCCAUUACGCCGCCUUUGGAGCCGGCUGCUGCGAAGUCUGAUUUCCGUACCGUCUUCACAGAAAGUCAGCUUCCUACGCCCCCUGCCUCUGUUUCUGAUGGAGAGGGCGCUGAUGCCACAGCAGUGGCGCCGUUGAGCAAGCAACCAGAUCCGCAAAGAACCGCGCGAAUACGCUUCGCCACGCCACCAGAAGAUGUGCCGUUCCAUGAUCAGUCUCGCUUCCGUCGGCGGAUUGGGCGAGGUGGGCGAAUGAUGAUCGACCGGCGAGGUGUCAAGCGCCAGAAGACGGAGAAAUAUGAUGACCGUCUGGCUGACCGAUGGCGGUUCGCUGGUGAUAGUAGUGAAGACGAUGAAACAUAUCCCGUCGAUUGGACGGAUAACCUACACAUCAGAUACCGUAUCAUGAUUGAGCGGCAGGGUGAGAAGGUCGCUCAACAACCUCCGCCAGGUCCAAGUCGUCGGCCGAUUGAGAACCACAAUCGAUCUGCGUCGGGCCAUCUUCUUCCUCCUACCCCUACCACUGCCCACCCUGCCAGUGCCGGCAAUGCUGCCAAUGCCGCAGCAGGGAGGUGA